AACUCCGUUGAUUUUCGAACAUGUGUCCUGUUUUAUCUUGUUUUUAUGUUAUGAUACAGGUCCCGUGUCAGAAUAUGAACGGUUUAGAAAUGUACCUUGAUUCUUGUUGUUGCCUCUGCCCUUGAAACAUCCUAGGAAACCUUGCUUGCUUGCCUGCGUGGAGAUGGAUAUUUUGUGAUAAAAUGUCUAAGUUGUUGAAGAUGGUGAGCAUUUAUUCAUUAGGUUGAAGGUAUUAUAAGAUCUCGAAAUCUUGGUCAUAUAAUCCCUUGUUUGAAUCUUGUUGUUGUCACGAGUUUCCUGUUUGCUUUCGAGGCUGUUAUUUUUCCUGUGUUAUUUCUUCCUUUUUGAGGCGGCUGUUGUUUCUCGUCACCUAGAGAGGUGCCGUUUUAAUCUCGCUUUUGCCAAAUUUAACCCCUUCAAGGUUUAAUCAUAGUGAUUAUCAGAUUAUGGUAUUCUAUAAUACCCCCUCCGUCCCAUGAUUUAUGGCUCAAAGCUUUUCGGCACAUGUAUUUAGGAGAGUUAAAGUGGUGGUAAAAGUAGUAGGGACCACAAGAUUAAGGUAUUUCUUUCAACUAUUUUAUUCCUUUAACACUUUUGCUUAAUAAAGUGCUUUAUACAAUAAAAUAAAUAAAAAUUCAGCCAAAAAAAUCAAAUAUGGGGAAUCGAGGCGUGGGGUUGCGAGUUAAAGUGGUGGUAAAAAUUCAGAUCUCACGCGGCGGUGGCUUUCCGACCGUGCUAUCGUCGAGAAUCGAGGCCAGGGGUUGCGAUUUGAAGGAUUUGGGGUUUGGGGAGAAUGGGCGGCCGCGCUAACCCAUCCCUUUUUUAGGCAUACAAAACAAUCCAAGCUAUGGCUUCAGCCGCCGCCACGAACCUGCCGCGAAUCUUAACGCCGGCGAGGCCAGCCCUUCAAUCUCAUCCACCUUUGUUCUGCAGCGCCACCAAGCCGCGGUGCCGCGCCGCCACACCUUCGAGGUGAAGAGCCGCCGAUCUACUGCGACGCCACACCCUCCACCCUUCAUCUUGGAGGUAGAACACGCGGAGGAGGCGGUGGCCGGCGACUGGUGGAGAGAGCAGAUGAAAUGAGAGGGAGAGAGGAGAGAGCGGCUGAGAAGAGAGAAUUGAUGGGGUGAAAAUCUGAGUAGAAUUUAGGGUUUUAUUCAACUAUUAAUUAAGUAAUUAAUCUACAUCUAAUUAUGGCCCAAAAAGGAAACGAGCCAAGUAACAUGGGACGGCUCAAAAAGAAAUACGAGCCAUGAAUAAUGGGACGGAGGGAGUACUUCUUUUGUUUUCGAAUAAAUGUUCUAUUAAAAAAAAACUUGUUACCCAAUUUUUAAGGUCCUAAAGAAAAAUGGUGCCAGAUUUUCUAUUUAACCCUUGUCCUUGGUGGAAAAAAAAUAUUGUUCGAUUUUUCAUGAAUAUUAAGGUAAAAAGAAAAAAUUUAUCCACUUUAUUGGAGUAUGAUUUUAGACGAGGGAUAUUUAUUCGGGAGAUGGGAGAUGGGAGAUGGAAGUCUCUAGCUCUUAUAGAUCUACAUUAAAUGAAUUGUUGUACUUCAUUUAUUGUUAGCACUUAGCAUAUAAUACUAAAAUUUAGAGACUAAAAUCAAAUUUCAAACUUCCAAUGAAGAUUUGAAAAUCAACCAUAAAAAGUGCAGCAAAGGAUACCUUUCCUGCUGAAGAGUAAAGAAAAAAAGAUAUGAUAGAAAGCAAGGAAUGGCUUCUCUUCCUUCAUCACAUCAAGGAAUCUCAUGUUCAUACAAAUUCACCUAAUCAGCAACAACUCUCCCUCCUCCAUUAUACAAGAUUGCAACCAAAUCCAGUAUCCAACAUGUCAGGAAGCAUCACUGAACAUCUGAGGGGGAGCACGGACCCCGAGGGCGACUACCACGAUGGCAACGGUGGGGCUUCCGAUCAAGAAGAAGACGAUGUAGACAACUCCAACUACAUAUAUGUCGUCAACACAAUCCUGAGCGGCACUGCCCGUCUCAACGUGCUGCUGCCCACGGCCACCAUCCUCGCCUUCUCCAUCUUCGCCCCAUUGCUGACCAACGAUGGGAAAUGCACCACCUCGGACCGGUGGCUGAUGGGCUGCUUCCUGGCCUUGUCGGGCACCUCGUGUGUGUUCUUCUCGCUCACGGACAGUUUCAGGACUAGCAGCGGCCGGCUCUACUAUGGGGUGGCCACGCUCCACAGCAUAAGGAACUUCGGUGGAGGGCGGGCUAGACCUCGCCUGCCACCGGAGUACAGGCUGCGGUGGAGCGACGUUUACCAUGCUUCACUUUCCUUGGUUGCCUUCCUUACCUUUGCCCUGCUGCACAAUGAUGUUCUAAGCUGCUAUCAGAUGGUUUUGGCAAGAAAAUUCAUCAAUACUUUUCCACUGGUGGUUGGGUUUGUGAUCAGCCUGCUGUUUGUGUUGUUUCCUUCAAAGAGGAGAGGAAUUGGGUAUCCUUUCCUGCUGCAGAUUGAUGCCUUCCACAGCAGAAAAUGAAUCAUCAUAAUCACACACGCUUCUACUUCCCAUGAGCAAAUCUGAAAAACCUAAUCCAAAUGAACCAAAAUUGGCGCUUCGGUUUUCGGUUUCAAAACCGAAUUUGUUUCGGUUUCAAGAUAAAUAGAACGGUUUAAAAAUCGAAAUGAUAUUUGCGCUUCGGUUUUCGGUUUAAAAUCGAAAUGAUAUUCUGCUCGAUUUGAAUUUCACACUAUUUCGAAUUCGAUUUGGUUAUUUCGGAUUCGGUUCGGUUAUUUUAAAUUCGACUCGAUUAUUCUUUUCAGAAAGAAAA